AUGUCAUCCAGCCUGCCCCCCGGGAUGUCCACUGGGGCCAAAAACAAGCCCCUCUCCCCCUUUAAGAAGCGUGGGAGCCUGCAGUACACCACGAGCACAGCAGUGGAACCUCGCGGUAAACGGCACCUGCUCACCUCUCAGCAUUCCCUUCCCGGGAUCUCAGUGGCGCUGAAACAGUCCAUAGACCUGCGCACCUCCAUGGACGGAAAGUACAAGGAGAUUGCGGAGGAGUUGUUCUCCCGCAGUCUGGCUGAGAGUGAGAUGAGAAGUGCCCCGUAUGAGUUUCCGGAGGACAGCCCCAUUGAAAAAUUGGAGGAGAGACGGCAACGACUCGAGCGCCAGAUCAGCCAAGAUGUCAAGUUUGAGCCUGACAUCCUCCUCCGCGCUAAGCAGGAGUUCAUGAAGACUGACAGUGCCACCGAUCUGGAAUACAUGAAGGAGCAGAGCCAGGCGUCCGACUUCCAGGAGAGAGAGCUGGUCCCAGAGCGAGAGUAUCAGAGAGUCUCGAUUUCAGGAGAGGAGAAAUGUGGGGUUCCUUUCACAGACCUCUUGGAUGCAGCCAAGUGUGUGGUAAAGGCCCUGUUCAUCCGGCAGAAGUACAUGGGGCUGUCUCUGCAGAGCUUCUACCGCACAGCCGCUCGCUUCCUGCAGGAGCUGAGCGACAGGCCUCUGGACCUGGAUCUGUACGAGGACGAUGUCCCAGAGACUGGGAGCACUGCUGAUGCCACUGUGCACCCACCCGCCUAUAAGACCCACCCCUAUGACAGGCAUGACCCCCCCAGCAUGCCCCCUGACAUCGGCUACGGUUGCAGAAUGGUGAACGGAGUCGUGCACGUUUACACCAGCAGGCGCACUAUGGACAAGAGCACUGAGCUGGAGCUGCCUUAUCCAGACCUGCAGGAGUACAUCGCUGAUAUGAAUGUGAUGAUGGCUCUUAUCAUCAAUGGACCAGUAAAAUCCUUCUGCUACCGCCGCCUACAGUACCUGAGCUCCAAGUUCCAGAUGCACAUCCUUUUGAAUGAGAUGAAGGAGCUGGCCGCACAGAAGCAAGUCCCUCAUAGAGACUUUUAUAAUAUCCGUAAGGUCGACACACACAUCCAUGCGUCUUCCUGUAUGAAUCAAAAGCACCUCCUGCGCUUCAUUAAAAGGGCCAUGAAGAAGAACUCCACACAGAUCGUGCACAUGGACCGCGGCAAAGGCCAGACGCUCAUGGAGGUGUUUGAGUGCAUGAACCUCACUGCCUUCGACCUCAGCGUGGACACACUGGACAUGCACGCCGACAGGAAUACAUUUCAUCGCUUUGACAAGUUCAACUCCAAGUACAACCCGAUCGGAGAGUCCAUCCUGAGAGAGAUCUUCAUUAAGACCGACAACUACAUUGAGGGCAAAUACUUCGGCCACAUCAUUAAGGAGGUGAUGGCUGACCUGGAGGAGAGUAAAUACCAGAAUGUGGAGCUGCGACUCUCCAUUUACGGACGCUCCAGAGACGAGUGGGACAAACUGGCGCAGUGGGCAGUGAAGCACCAGGUGUACUCAGAUAAUGUGCGAUGGCUGGUCCAAGUGCCCAGACUGUUUGACGUCUACCACACAAAGAAACAGCUCUCAAACUUUCAGCAAAUGUUGGAGAACAUCUUUAUGCCGUUGUUCGAGGUCACAGUGGACCCCAGCAGCCACCCAGAGCUGCACCUGUUCCUGCAGCACGUUGUCGGCUUUGACAGUGUGGAUGACGAGUCCAAACCGGAACAACACAUCUUCAAUUUAGACAGCCCGCUCCCAGAGAACUGGACGGAGGAGGAUAACCCGCCCUACUCCUACUACCUCUACUACAUGUAUGCAAACAUGGCCGUGCUCAACCACCUGCGCAAACAGCGGCGUUUCCACACACUGGUGCUGCGGCCUCAUUGUGGCGAGGCGGGGCCCAUCCAUCACCUGGUGUCCGGCUUCAUGCUCUCAGAGAACAUUUCACACGGACUCCUGCUCAGAAAGGCUCCUGUACUGCAGUAUCUGUACUACUUGGCCCAGAUAGGCAUCGCCAUGUCCCCCCUCAGCAACAACAGCCUGUUCCUCAGUUACCAUCGUAACCCGCUGCCCGAGUAUCUAUCCCGCGGCCUCAUAGUGUCGCUGUCCACCGAUGACCCUCUGCAGUUUCACUUCACAAAGGAGCCCCUUAUGGAGGAGUACAGUAUUGCGGCUCAGGUGUGGAAGUUGAGCUCCUGUGACAUGUGUGAACUGGCCAGAAACAGUGUCCUGAUGAGCGGCUUCUCACAUCAGGUCAAGAGUUACUGGCUCGGUCCAAACUACAUCAAAGAAGGACAAGAGUGCAAUGACAUCAGACGCACCAACGUCCCGGACAUCCGUGUGGCCUAUCGCUACGAGACCAUGUGUGAGGAGCUAAACUUGAUAAUACAAGCCAUUCGCACUGAUGCACUAGACACCAUAGAGGAGGAGGGCAGGGUUUCUCUACAGCUACACCAGCACCAGCUCCACCCGUCUCCGUCCACAUCCACAUCUUUCUGCCUUUACUUCAAAAUGCCCAUGAAACUGGCAUACUGGGACAUCCGCGGGCUGGCCCAGCCCGCCCGCCUGCUGCUGGAGUACACCGGCGAAAGUUAUGAGGACAAGUUUUACGCCUGUGGUGAAGCUCCAAACUAUGACAAGAGCUGUUGGUUUGACGUGAAAGCCAAACUUGGACUGGAUUUCCCCAAUCUGCCUUAUCUGGAGGACGGAGACAUCAAGAUCACGCAAAGCAACGCCAUCAUGAGAUACAUCGCCCGAAAACACAAUAUGUGUGGAGAAACUGAGAUAGAAAAAGUAAGAGUGGACAUGCUUGAAAACCAGGCAAUGGACUUCAGGAACGGCUUUGUGAUGUUGUGCUACAGAGACUUUGAUAACAAGAAGCAGUCGUACCUAGAAGGUUUAGACGGCACACUGGACAGCUUCUCUAAGUUUUUGGGAGACAGAAAGUGGUUUGCUGGUGAUAAGAUCACUUUUGUGGACUUCAUCAUGUACGAGCUGCUGGAUCAACACUACAUGUUCCACAAUAAAUGUUUAGACAAAUUCCCAGCCCUCAAAGAGUUCCUGGCACGAUUUGAGGCCUUGCCCCAGAUCAAAGCCUACAUGAGCUCGAAUCGCUUUAUGAAAACUCCAGUCAACAACAAAAUGGCCAAAUGGGGAAACAAGAAGGAGUAA